GCCCAGCCGGGCGGCGCGCUGGCUGGCCAGCCCCGGAUAGGCGCCGCCGGCAGCCAAUCAGCGUGCCGGGGACGCUGCGCGCUUUAAGGUCGCUGCGGGGAGAACAGAAACCAAGUUCCCCGGCAACUAGCAGCAUCCACCGGGCGGGAGGUCGGAGGCAGCAAGGCCUUAAAGGCUACUGAGUGCAGUGCGCCGGCCGUUCCGUGUCCAGAACGUCCCCUACUCCUCCGCCUUCUCUUCCUUGGCCGCCCACCGCCAAGUUCCGACUCCGGUUUUCGCCUUUGCAAAGCCUAAGGAGGAGGUUAGGAACAGCCGCGCCCCCCUCCCUGCGGCCGCCGCCCCCUGCCUCUCGGCUCUGCUCCCUGCCGCGUGCGCCUGGGCCGUGCGCCCCGGCAGGCCCCAGCCAUGUCGAUGCUGCCGUCGUUUGGCUUUACGCAGGAGCAAGUGGCGUGCGUGUGCGAGGUUCUGCAGCAAGGCGGAAACCUGGAGCGCCUGGGCAGGUUCCUGUGGUCACUGCCCGCCUGCGACCACCUGCACAAGAACGAGAGCGUACUCAAGGCCAAGGCGGUGGUCGCCUUCCACCGCGGCAACUUCCGUGAGCUCUACAAGAUCCUGGAGAGCCACCAGUUCUCGCCUCACAACCACCCCAAACUGCAGCAACUGUGGCUGAAGGCGCAUUACGUGGAGGCCGAGAAGCUGCGCGGCCGACCCUUGGGCGCCGUGGGCAAAUAUCGGGUGCGCCGAAAAUUUCCACUGCCGCGCACCAUCUGGGACGGCGAGGAGACCAGCUACUGCUUCAAGGAGAAGUCGAGGGGUGUCCUGCGGGAGUGGUACGCGCACAAUCCCUACCCAUCGCCGCGUGAGAAGCGGGAGCUGGCCGAGGCCACCGGCCUCACCACCACCCAGGUCAGCAACUGGUUUAAGAACCGGAGGCAAAGAGACCGGGCCGCGGAGGCCAAGGAAAGGGAGAACACCGAAAACAAUAACUCCUCCUCCAACAAGCAGAACCAACUCUCUCCUCUGGAAGGGGGCAAGCCGCUCAUGUCCAGCUCAGAAGAGGAAUUCUCACCUCCCCAAAGUCCAGACCAGAACUCGGUCCUUCUGCUGCAGGGCAAUAUGGGCCACGCCAGGAGCUCAAACUAUUCUCUCCCGGGCUUAACAGCCUCGCAGCCCAGUCACGGCCUGCAGACCCACCAGCAUCAGCUCCAAGACUCUCUGCUCGGCCCCCUCACCUCCAGUCUGGUGGACUUGGGGUCCUAAGUGGGGAGGGACUGGGGCCUCGAAGGGAUUCCUGGAGCAGCAACCACUGCAGCGACUAGGGACACUUGUAAAUAGAAAUCAGGAACAUUUUUGCAGCUUGUUUCUGGAGUUCUUUGCGCAUAAAGGAAUGGUGGACUUUCACAAAUAUCUUUUUAAAAAUCAAAACCAACAGCGAUCUCAAGCUUAAUCUCCCUCUUCUCUCCAACUCUUUCCACUUUUGCAUUUUCCUUCCCAAUGCAGAAAUCAGGGGGGAGAAAAAAAAACCCAAACAAACAAAAGCACCCAGGCACCCAGUCUGAGUUCUGGGCAACUGAUACGCCUGUUUCAGCAGCCUUUCUUUUUUUUUCAAUGAAUGGGAAUUGCAAAUCAACUGGAUUUUCAUUAUUUCCUUUUAAUUUAUAUAUGGAGAAAUGUGAAGAGGGAAAGGAAAUGGAAAGAGAAAGAGAAAGGGAGAUAAAAAUAGUGAAAAUAAGAGCCUCCAGGCUCAGAAGAACUGAUUACAUUCUUAAGGUGAACAGGAAAAAUACAAUCUAUAACUUUCUUUGAUGAGGAAAAAUUAAGUUUACAUUUUUCAUAUUUAGUGUUAAACAAUUUAAUGUAGAUUAAAAUAAAAGACCAGUAUUAGGAGGAAAAAACAAGUGCCUAAAUGUCUUAAUGCUCUCUAUGUGAGACAGAAAUAGACGUGACCAUUAGUAAUGCAACUAUUUUUGUCAAAUUUAGUGGGAUUUUUUGGUUGUUGUUUGUUUUCUUGGGGUUUUUUUUUAAAUGACAAACUCUAAAGAUGUACCAAUGUGAAAAAACACUUUCCUGAAUGCCAUUACUCAUGCCCUCAAAGCUUUCAUAUCUGUAGCCUACUCCUGUAAAGGGUUUCUCCUGUUUCUAGUUUCUAGUUUGCAAAGGUAUGCCAACGAAUCUGGCAACCUGGUAUUUGUUACUAAAACAGCAUGUGUUUUCAGGUUUCUUUUCUAUUGUACCUAAAGCAGUCUAAAUUAAAACUUAGUAGAACACCAGGAGUAUGAUUCUGUUUCUGAAAGGUGAGUGGUGUAUUGCUGUCAUUGGGCCCUAUUUUUUUUUUUAAAUAUAUUUUUCUUUCUUACUUAAUGGUGGCUGUGAAUUGCAGGGUACUUUGAAGGCCGUCAUCUGAACCAAGAGUAAUAACUAGAUUAAUUAUAUGACAGAAAGAGUGAAUUUAGCCUUGGGGUAUUUAUUAACUUCUAUUAUUUAGAUAUGCAAUUUUGUUUACCACUAUCUCUUCACAGCAUUCAUAUGUUAACUAAGCUCUUUUGUGUUAACAAGUUUAUGACAAGACUGUGAAAGUAAAAAUAAUUUAUCUGCUUGAAGACAAAAAAGGGAAGGAGAACAAGGAUAGAAACAUUGUGAAUUAAUUUGUACAAAUAGAAAGCAGACCAGCAGGACAGGAGCUCUUUUGCAGUGCUGCCGGAUGGUGUCUAGAAAAAUCCCAGUAAUCAUGUAGGCUCCAUAUUAUUUUUGCCUGGGGCAAAAUGAUGUAUCUUCUGUAUUUAGCUUUUAAAAUUAGUGAAACAAAUGGCAUUAUUUAUUAAAAUUCUACUCAGGAUAACAGGA